UCAACCAAAUCCCACGUUCGAAGCGUCAGCUCGAUCGGAUUUCCGAAAGAGAAGAUAAAGAGGUUUCUCAUCUGUUUCUGUACCCAUCACUCCACUUCGAUCUCAACCGCAUUUUCAGCAGCAAAAAAGGGGGAAAAAAACUUCUCUUGUUUAACCUCCCCGCCUCCCGGCGCGCCACGGCAAUGGCGGAUGCCGCGCGAAACCGGCUGCAGCACCCGACCUGCGGCAUCUGCAUGGAGCCCAUGCCGCCCUCGGAGGCGCACCGCGGGGGCGGCGGCUGCGCGCACGCCUUCUGCCGCGCGUGCCUCGCGGGCCACGUCCGCGCCAAGGUCGAGGCCGGCAGCGGCGGCGCGGUGAGGUGCCCCGACGCGUCCUGCGGCGGCGCGCUCGACCCGGAGCUCUGCCGCGGCGCGCUCCCAGGGGACGUGUUCGAGCGGUGGUGCGCGGCGCUCUGCGAGGCCAUGUUCCUCGGCGCGCGGCGGACGUACUGCCCGUUCCCGGGCUGCUCCGAGAUGAUGGUGGCCGACGACGACGAGUGCGGCGGGCAGGAGUGCGUGACGCAGUCGGAGUGCCAGUCGUGCAGGCGGCUCUUCUGCGCGCGGUGCGGCGUGCCGUGGCACGCCGGCGUGAGCUGCGCCGAGUUCGAGCGGCUCGGCGUGGGGGAGCGCGGGCGGGAGGACCUGCUGCUGGUGGAGGCCGCGCGGAACGGCAAGUGGAAGCGCUGCCCGCGGUGCAGGUUCUACGUCGAGAAGUCCGACGGCUGCCUCCACAUCACAUGCAGGUGCGGCUGAGUUCUGCUAUGGAUGUGGGACUGCGUGGCAGUUGAUACAUGAUGGCUGCUCUGGAUGAGAGAUGGUAGCGCGGCGCUUGGUGAUGAUGAGAUUGUCGUUGCACAUUUAUCUCUCUUGGACAAUGCAGGGUAGUACUUGGAAGUUGGAACUCGUUUAGCUUUUGUGAUCACUUGAACUCGCUGAUGAAACACAGGUUUUCUUCGUGGCUUUCUUUACACAAACUUUCGCUGAUGAAAUCAUUGUAGAAUGAAAGUCUGAAAAUCCCCUGAUGAAACAAUUGCGUGGAACUCUACUUCCUAAUUGCACCAUCUUCCGCUGAUUCUUACGAGG